AUGCCGGAAAAAAGAGAAUUAAAACGAUUGGAGGAAUUGGCCAAAAAGAAAAAGCGGCUCCUCCUACUCCAACAGAGACUAUUAACAGAUGCCACUUUACCGUCUAUGGAACCAACAACUUCAAGAAGAAAAUCAGAGAUCUUUAAAGAUGACAGUUCUUCAGCUCAAAGAUCUUCAAGAGCUUCGAAAUCAGCUACCAAACUAACACCAACUCGAAAGCGGUCCACUCUAUUGAGCUCCAGUACCUCAGCUAUAGUGGACGAAGAAGCAAUUUCAAACGCUCCAGAGAAAAGUUCCAAUCUUGCAUCAUCACGAGACUCCAGUCCAAGAGGAGCUAAAAGAUCUUCCAAAAAUAGUGAAGCACAUGACAUGAUAUUGGAAAACUUGGCAAAGAAACUUAAAAAUGCAACAUCCACUGCAUCCAAGACUGGCUCUACAAAGAAAUCAGCUUCCAAAUCUAGGGACAACAGUCCACAUCAAACAAAACUCAAAACUAAAUCUAGAGACUGUAGUCCAAAACAACUUGUGACCAAGGAUUCAGCAUCAUUUACUGAGCUAAAGGUCAAAGAUGAGAAUACUGGGAAGAAACCCAGAUCUAGAGAUCCAAGCCCAAGGAUUGCUAAGAUGAAGUCAUCUGAGACUCAAGUGGAUGAAGCUUCAACAAAGCCAAUAGAUUUUUCUACAGGAGUGAAGGAAGAAAAUGUCCCAGACAAACAUGAGCAGAAACUUAGCGCAGUUGAAAGUUUAACCGAUCAAGAUACUCUUUCGCUCUUGAAACCAACAAUCCCAAGGAAAAUGUCCUCUUCCAUCCCAAUGGAGAUCGGCACACAAACAGAUGAACAGGCUGGAAAGAAAAGAGGAAGAAAGAAAAAACUCAAAAGAUUGGUUCAAACUGCAAAGAAACAAGUCAAGAGGUCUGUACAUUCAUUUCAACGUGGUAGACCGAAGGGAAGUAAAAAUAAAAAAUGGGCCUUGAAUGCUGUAGCAAAGACAAAACUUCGAAGAACUUCAGAAACUGCUUCUGUGAAGAAAGCAGCAAGGAAGAGAACUUUAAGUGGAGAAUUUGAACUGAUAGAUGAACGUCAGUUGAAGAAGGAGAUAAGAAAUUGCGUGGAAGAGGAGAAUGAUGACAGCCUAGAAAUAUUGGACAGUAGCAAUGAGAAUAUAUUUAUAGAAGAGACCUGUGAACAGCUGGAUUUCAGUGAUGCUGAAUAUGAUGAAGAACAUCUAGAAUUAGUUUUAGAACCAUCUCCCAUAAAAUCAGGUGAUAAACCAACACCAAAGAAGUCACCUGAGACUAUGGAAGAAGCACCAACUAAAUGUUAUUCAAAACCAUCGCCACACAAAUCAUCAGACCUAUUAGAAGCAUCACCAGAUAGAAAGCAUUCUCCCAAAAAAUCGCCUGAGAUCAUUAAAAUAUUGUCUGCCAAACAGAAAGUGGCAGAAACUCCUGAAAAUAAGAGAUCCUCAUCAAUAACAGAAUUAGAGAAAGAUUCUGCGAUACCUGAAACCGAGGAUACCUUGGAUCAAAACGAAUUAAAUACUGGAAAAAUAAAGGAAGAUCCAACCGAUCUCACAACUUCAAAGUCAACGGACGCAACAGAAAAUGUAUCUUGUGAAACACAAUGCAACCUCAUGUAUGAGAAAGGGGAAUCAGUGAAACAGGAUGGAAUUACACCAACAGAAGGAAUAUCUGCUAAAGAAUCACCAUCCUCAGAAACAAAGGUAGACAUUGGUACCAAGAAACGUGGAAGAAGACCAACAUCAAUAAUUCAGACUGUCACAGAAAUAAUGGUCAAGCCUUCAGGCGAGACAACAAAACUUCGCACCAUUACCACCAAGUCGGAUUAUACUGUUCCACUUCCAGAAUUGUCCUCAGCAGAUGAUCAAAAGGAAACAGUUUCUAGAAAUCUUUUCAGCAGUCAAGAUGAUGACGUGGAGAGUGUACAGUCAGUUUCUUCGUUUUCUGAUGCCUCUCUGUCUUCAAAUAGUAAAGGAUCCAAGGGGAGACAACCAGGUAGCUGGACCAAGAAGAAGAAGAAAAAAGAAGUAUUCACUUACAGACACAAACGGUUUACCAGAAAAAAGAAAAGAAAGACCUCCCUGAUGCUAAUUAAUCCAGCAGAUACUUCUUUAUCCAUAGAAGAUAAUGGCGACAUUCCAGUUUUAAGUCCAACAGAAAUACAAUUCCCGGAAGCUCCUAACAGUGACCUUCCCAGCCCUUUAUUGCAUAUGCCAGUUCUAAUGAAAGAACAGGUACCAAAGCCUAUCAGAAAGAGGGGAAGACCAAGAAUCUUUCCAAUUAAAGUUCCCAGUGGACGAGGACGGGGAAGACCCAGAAAAUUCUUAACACAAAAUAAUCAGAAAAAUGAAUUCGCAAUAACUUCAGGAUUACUUGGAACCACAAAUGUCACGGAUCCAGUUCUACAGACCAGCAUUAGCCCUACUAUAUCUUACUCCACGGUCGAACUGGAUUUUGGAUUAGAUCAAGAAUCGAAGCCUGACGAUGGAACUAUUAUUGCCGAUGUAGUGAAUGGUUUAGUUAAUGAUGUUUGUAGAGGUCUCGCCAAAUUAAAGUCAAAGGAAGAUUUAAUUAAACCUGAAGCUGGCAAGAUUCCCUUAAAAAUUCCACUGGGUCCAAGAUUGAAGGGCAAAAAGGGACAUAAAAGGAAAGGAUAUCACUCCAAAAACAGAUCACUUCACACUAUUGAUUGUGCCCCUAUUGAAAGUCUCAGUUGGAAGUUGGAUAACUCUGGUUCACCUGAAGGUUCAACAAAGCUGGUAUUUAAGAGACGAAAGCAAACAAGCACUUCGAAAUCGAUGAGCGAAAGGGAAAAUAGCCUGUUCUUGGCAGAAGUUGAACAGUUGAUGAGAGAGAAGGAGAAGAGAAGCACCUCUGUUCCCAGUAGAGCCAGACAGUUCAUGCUCCGAGAUAAAGUCUCCCGAUCACCUCUGGAAAUACUUGCCAUGAAGGACAAACUAGAAGAAGAGGAAUAUGAAAAAUCCCAAAUUCCAAAACGGAAACCAAGAUCUAAACUUAAAAUUGAACCAUUGGAAUAUAUAGAAGAUUCUGAACCACAGGAAACCCAAGUUCCAGUUCCAGUGAAGUAUAAUGGUCCAGUUCAGGAGAUGAAGUCCCUGUGUAGACCUUGUCAUGUUCCAGUCGUCAACAUCGUCUCUUAUGUUAACAAACACAUGGAAGAGGGCAUUGAGAUAGACGGAAAUUCCUUUUCUGAUGAAGUCGAUGCGAGCGAUAGUGAUAAAUCCUACGUCUUAACGGAAGAAGAACAAUCAGAAUAUGACAAUGAUGAAACAAUUUUCAGAAAUGAUGUCGUGUCGAAGAAAAUUGAAAAAUCUGUUCUGAUUCCAAAGUCAGAAGACCUAGAUGUUAAAAGUACUAUUAAGAUCGAUGAAUUAAAAGAAGAUGGAUAUAUUGCCAGCUAUGUCGAAUUUUUGAAAAGUCAGUCUGAAACUUCAAAAGCUAAAAUUCCUAAAAUCGCCAAAGUCACCCCCAUUAUGAAAACCAUUCCAGAGAAACCACAAGAAGCGACCUCUUCGACUUCGUCUGUUGCAUCCUCUAGAAAUAACUCAACAGUUUCUUCCAAAAAUGGUGAUUCGAAUGAACUAUCUACGUCAUCAACUGGAGUAGUACCCCCCUCAGCUCACCAACCUCAGCAAACGGUAUCCGGUACUAGUGAUGCAUCAAGUUCUUCAACUCAACUAUAUUCCUGCAAAGCCUGUGAUUUUUCCUCACCUGCCAAAAACCAAAUCGAGAAUCAUGUCUACACGCAUAUCAGUCACGUGGCCUUUAGAUGUGCCAGUUGUAACUCACAAGACAAAACGCUUGCAGCAGCUCAGCGACAUCAAAAUGCAGCACAUCCUCACUCGAAUCAAAAUAUCAUCAAAAUUCCACGCGUCCGAGAGGAAGAUUAUUAUAGGACAGAAACUAAAGCUAACCAGCCACUUUACGUAUCUCUGGUAGUCCAAGGUAACUUCUCUCUCAACGCUGCCAGUAUACGGAACCAAUCCAACCGUUUCGUCUGCACCCAUUGUCAGUAUUCCACCAACAUCAACGAAGACAUCGAUCAGCACGUUCAAGACAUGCACAGGGAUCAGGAGCUCUUUGUCUGUACGUUGUGUGAUAGAGCCAUGUACCAUUCGAAGGUUCAAAUCCAAGCACAUUGCCAACAGACUCAUCCAAGUCGACCUGAUUGCUUCAGGAAGCUUCCUCACUUCUAUGAUUGUGAGUUGACUGACAGUUCUGAGCGAGGGAGAACUGAUAGUAGAGGCAAUAUCUUCGAUAGAAUGACAAACUUUUUAAACCCAGUUCAGUCAUCUAAUGAUCAAAAUACAGACUCCGAUCGGAUCAGGUGCGCAAAGGAAUAUUUGAACAUUCAGGAUUCUAUUAAUAAAAUAGAUACCGAAGCAGGAAGUACAAGUCCAACUGAUGAUGUUGUACAAACGUCGACUAUGGUCGAAGAAGUUUCUGAGUCUUCCACCAAUCUCCAAGAAAUUCUUGAUGAUACUCCAAAGGACAUUGAAGUAGCUGAUGUAGGGUCGACAUCAACACCCGAAUUUACCAUUCAAACUCCGAAAGAACACUCCAUUGCCCGCAGCAUACUCCAAGGAAAAACCGUUGUCGACAAGGAAUCUGCCAACGAACAGACGAACUCCAACAACUCUUCCAUCCAAAUUGCGUCCACAUCUAUAUCGCAGGGACCUGAUGGAAGUUCUUUAUCUACUACCAGAACUACCAAAAUAGUUGAUGGAGAUCAACAACAAGAUGGUGUGAAUAUUCUCAGUGGACAGGGGAAAAACUCAAAUAUCAGUAUUAAUUCUAAUGUGACUGUCUCACAACCCAAACCAAAUGAUGAACAACCAAUAGAAGAGAGUGACAACGGAUUGGGAGGUCUCAAAAUAAUCAGUGUGGUGAGUCUUCAAGGACAGGAGUUCAUCCGAGAAGACUCUUCAACGUCCAAAAAGGAAUCAAACUCGGGAAGGAUGUCUAUAUCAGCAUCUCCCCUGGUGAUUCCACGACCAAAUAUCAAUGUUCCUCAAAAACAAAAACUAUUGCUGCCAAAACCAUCUCCAACUUUGGUUCAAGCAGUAGAAAAGAAACCUGCAAAACCAAAAGACAUUCUCCCAAAAGCACCCGUAUCCGUAGACGAUAUAGUCUUACGAAACGAACGUUUAACUUGUACCUAUAAAUGCAAGACGUGUAGCGUACAUGCUCCAUUCCUUUCGGUGAUUGUCGAGCAUUUAAUGCAACAUCAUCAAUCUAUUUGUGUCUUCACGUGCCCUUAUUGUAAAAUAUCGGAGGGAAAGAAACCCGAUUUUAAAACUGAAGCACAGGCUCGAGAUCAUAUUGCUAAGCACCACCCUUCGUAUUUUGCUAAAAAAGACACUUCGUUAUCCGACAGUGCAAAAGAAAUUGUCCAAGUCGUAGCGAUACCGUCGAGUAGCGACUUUCAGCGAGGUAAAACGUCAAACAUUGAACGCGAUAUCUACAUGUGCCAGAAAUGCUCGACGCAUAUGCCAUCGUUAAGUUACAUGUAUUCCCAUAUCGAAAAUGAACAUGAUGAUGUUUUUCUUCACGUGUGCCCUGAAUGCAAAAAAUACAAACAUAAAUCGGAGGAUGUUGUAUUCAAACAUGUAAUGGAUGUUCAUUUGAAAGAUCCAUCAACAGUUGAUCUCUCAUUAGCCAUGGAAGACAAUUUAUUUACCCGUAUUUUUUCCAUAUCCAAAAACGCGAUGUACUGUGAGAAAUCGCAUACUGCGGAAGACCCCAAUCUAAAAUCUAAUGUAAACGAUGUCAAGCAGUCUACGGCUAGUGAAAUAGGUGAAAGCUCUCGUCAAAACUUAGCUCUAUCAACCGCUACGCCCAACGUUGUAAAGAAACGACCAACAGCACGAAAGUCUAUAAAGAGAGUUGAUGACAUAGCAGAAGCAAGGGCAAUAAUGAAUGCAUCAGCUGUCCAAAGUAAUAAGACUCAACCGCAGUCUCCCUCACCAAAUCAGCCUCGACCAAUAAUUGGUUCACAGCUCUUCACAGAUUGUGCUACCGUUACGACUUCUACAACCAAAGCCGUUUCUGCGUUAGUGCCAGUAAUAGUGAGCCAAGCUCCACCUGCUCUUCCUCGAAAACAACCAAUACCAACACCGUCCUCAAUUUUACAGACUAAGCAAAAGCAAAACUACAUACAUCUCUCUGUUGACGAAGCUUCUCAACUUGCGAAACAGAAACACCUACCAGUUGGUUAUAAAACGGUUGCUCAACAAUUGAAAGAAAGGAAACUUAUGCAGAUGCAAACAGCUGCUAAUCAACAGUGCGGUCUAAGAAGAGAUGUUGUUGAUGCAUCUACAGCUUCAAACCUGCAUCUAAGCGAGCAUUAUUUCACAACCUCGGAACAAAACGAAUCCGUUCAAUCGAAAAAGUUUUCAAUGACCGACAGAUUGCACAGACUCCAUAAAUCAGGUUCAAGCACCGCCAGUACCGCGGUGUUGAAUAUUCCUAAGCCGGUGUUGAAUAUUCCGAGUAUGGACAAAAUUAGAAGCGUGGCUCGUCCAAAAUCUUUACCUUCUGCUUCUGAGACAAGUGUUGACUUAACCCUGGCCCAAGAGAUGUCUAACUACCCCGGUAUUCUCCGACCACCUGCAGCAUCGUCAAGUUCACCGCGUUCUCAACCAGUUUUCCCAAUGAACACAGCUCCAAAGGGACCUUCUCCAAGACCUCAGCCUAGCUUACUCUUUCCGAGAGGUCUAAAUAGUCCUAGUCCGAGUCCUAAGUUACCAGUGAAAUCACCAGCUCCCAUUGAUGCAGAUGAUGAUCCAGAAGCUUUUAAAAUAUUCAACUUGAAGCCUUCCAAAUCACCUGCACCGCCUGGCAAACCUCCUCAAACCCCCACACCCCCAGUCCCAAACCUUAAAGGCCCCUUUCCGCAACUUAUCAAUUUACCAGCGGGCAUUCAGUUUCCACAAAUCCCGAUAAACAUUGCAGGACAGAGUGGCCAAAUAUCGAAUAUCUUCACUCAAGGAUUUCCCGGUGUUGUAUUGCUACAGCCUCAGGCAUUGAAUAACCCGGCCGUUGUUUCGGCUGUCAAUACUUUUGGUGUAGAAUCUCAAGGAUUUACAGGAGUAAAUACAUUUAAAUGUCCUUACUGCUCAACGGUUCUGGAACGUAAUGCUGUGCGACCACAUAUCGAAGGAAUGCAUAAAGGCUGUGCUGUAAUCUACAAACCUCUUGGAAUGUGAAAAGAUUUUCUCUCACAUUCUCUGUGGACCCUUUAAAGGCAUAGUAUAGGCUACGUUGUUUUAAUAACGAGAGUCGUCGACACGUGUUUCUGAUG